UCUCUCUCUCUCUCUCUGUACUCUCUGUACUGAGUCCACAGAGCUGGCCUUCCUUGUUUACUUAUUUAGAAGUCAGCAGAGGAAGUGGUAAAGGAAACUAGCUGAGCCGUUUUCUGAGAAGAGACCAUAUUUGUUCACAGGGGAAGCCGCUGCUUCUUAGGAUCUGGUUACAGCAGAAACGGUGCCCGUUCAACAAGGGUGUUCCUGAGUGUAGUUGGGAUUUGGAAGAGCUGAGGACACCACAGCACUCUGGGUCUCUGUUCAUGGCUGCAGCAGCUCUCUCCAGCCUGUGAGCUCCCCGAACAGCAGCAAUGGCCUUGAAGAAUGUGCCUUUUCGCUCAGAGGUCCUAGCCUGGAACCCGGACAGCCUCGCUGAUUAUUUCAGGAAGCUGAACUACAGGGACUGUGAGAAGGCGGUGAAGAAAUACCACAUUGAUGGCGCUCGGUUUUUGAACCUGACAGAAAAUGACAUCCAGAAGUUUCCUAAGCUGAGGAUGCCAAUUCUCAGUAAGUUAAGUCAAGAUAUCAACAAGAAUGAAGAGAGAAGGAGCAUUUUUACCCGCAAACCCCAGGUUCAGCGAUUUCCAGAGGAAACAGAAAGUCUUGAAGAAGACAAUGGCGGCUGGUCAUCCUUUGAAGAAGAUGAUUAUGAAAGUCCCAAUGAUGAUGAUCCAGAAGGGGAGGAUGACGGUGAUUAUGAGUCCCCUAAUGAGGAGGAAGAGGUGCAGGUAGAUGAUACAGCUGAAUAUGAGCCUCCACCCUCCAAUGAUGAGGAGGCUCUGCAGAACUCCAUCCUGCCCGCCAAGCCUUUCCCCAACACCAACUCCAUGUACAUCGAUCGGCCUCCCACCAGCAAGGUCUCCCAGCAGCCUCCGGUGCCCCCACAGAGACCAAUGGCCGCCCUCCCUCCCCUGCCAACAGGCCGGAAUCACUCGCCACUAUCUCCACCCCAUCCCAACCACGAAGAACCCAGCAGAAGUCGAAACCACAAGCCAGCAAAGUUGCCUCCUCCAUCGAUAGACAGAAGCACGAAACCUCCCCUCGACCGCUCAUUGGCGCCUCUUGACCGAGAGCCCUUCACAUUAGGAAAGAAACCAAUGUUUUCUGAGAAGCCCUCGGCCCCUGUGGGAAGCAGGACUCUCGUGGAGCAUUUACCCAAGAUACAAAAGCCUCCUUUACCACCAGCCAUGGACAGACACGAAAGGAGUGAAAGAAACGGACCUCCGGUAGCAAAGAAGCCACCGGUUCCCAAGCAUGGACGAGGACCAGACAGAAGGGAGAAUGAUGAAGAUGAUGUGCAUCAGAGAUCUUUGCCCCAGUCAUCACUACCUCCUAUGAGCUCCAACACAUUCCCUGCAAGAUCUGCCAAGCCCGGCCCCAAGCACACAUUCCCAUUGUCUCACAUGCCGGGAGUCCUCUCAGAAAGUAACAUUGGCUUCCAGCAGAGUGCCUCCCUGCCACCACACUUCUCUCAAGGUCUGAGCAACAGACCACCUCUCAGAAAUGAAGGCAGAAACUUACCCUUGCCAGUUCCAAACAGGCCGCAGCCUCCAUCUCCUGAGGAAGAAGAGACUCCAUUAGAUGAAGAGUGGUAUGUCUCUUACAUUACCCGACCAGAGGCAGAAGCUGCUCUUAGGAAGAUAAACCAGGAUGGUACUUUCCUGGUAAGAGAUAGUUCUAAGAAAACAGUAAGCAAUCCAUAUGUCCUCAUGGUGUUGUACAAAGACAAAGUUUACAACAUUCAGAUCCGUUACCAGGAAGAAAGUCAAGUAUACUUGCUGGGAACUGGACUUCGAGGAAAAGAGGACUUUCUGUCUGUAUCAGAUAUUAUUGACUACUUCAGGAAAAUGCCACUGUUGCUCAUUGAUGGGAAAAAUCGAGGCUCUAGAUACCAGUGCACGCUGACAUACGCUGCAGGGUGCCCAUAGCAAGUCAGUCAAGCAAAUCAGCCUUCCUGACUCUGUUGUUAAUGAGUGAAGAUCAUUCCUAAGGUUUUAGGAAAUGGAUGAACACUUUGGACUAAAGCAAGCCCCUCAAUGCAGGCACAGAGUUUUGCUCUUUCCUUUAAAAAUGUUUGAAGAUUGCUAAAUAUCCCAUAAUUUAUUUAUUUUCUUCAAUGUCAGCAAAGUGCAGAAGAAAUCACGUCCACAUACGAAGUCUCAGUGGGUUGCAGUACUUCAUCUCAGGGCCUGAGAUUUUGAACAAUCCAUCUCUAAAUAUGGCACUUUACACACUUUACAUACUGCAGAAAUAAUGUGGGCAAGUUCAAGAAGUACUGAAACUGAUCAGUUUUGAUAUCACACAUUUUAUAAUGAAACUUUGUCAAUUGAGGCGAUUUGUUUUUUACACAACUUAAAACAAUUAACUUAAGAGGCUCCAAAAGCAUAACUCCAUUCUUUCUUAUUUGGUUUUGCACGGAGUAUUUUUUAUGUAUUUUUCAUAUUUGAGAUAAAUGCAUGUUGGGAUAACUUCCUGGGAUUAAAGUUACCUUUUUGCUUUACUCUUUUAGACCCUUAAAACAACUUUAUUGUUUACUCCAAACUGUUAUAUUUUGGUUUUAAAGUAAAUGUAAGCUACAAAUUCUGUAAAAAGAAAACGGUUUUCGAUUCAGUGAUGCAGCUUUGCUGUCAAA